AUGAACGCCAGAGCUAUUAUUUACUCCUUCUCCCACAAGCCCCACAUCCCGCCCACCGAUAUUUCGGCCCCCAAGAGAAGUUUCGGUCCCGAUUCCAGACCCCAAACCCCGUUUCGGUUUCGGGUACAGAUUCAGAACCGGGAACACUACUGGGUUCUUCGGGUUUCGGGCAGGGACUCUGGUGGUGGUAGGAGGAGAGGUGGGAAGUUGUUUGCGGAUGUUAAAUCGGAGGCGUACGAUAUAUCGGAAUCGGUGGAUAAGUUUGAGAAGGGGCUGAACGAUGUCCCUUCGGGAAAGGAGGAGGAAUUGGAAGAGGAGCCUUUGGCUGUGGCUGAGGCUUCGUGGUUAGAACAGUUCCCGAAACGAUGGGUCAUCGUCGUUUUGUGUUUUUCGGCUUUCCUUCUUUGCAACAUGGACAGAGUAAAUAUGAGCAUUGCCAUACUUCCCAUGUCAGCAGAGUACAAUUGGAACCCAGGAACUGUGGGUUUGAUACAGUCUUCUUUUUUCUGGGGCUACCUCCUCACUCAGAUUGCUGGUGGCAUUUGGGCAGACACAGUAGGUGGGAAGCAGGUCUUGGCAUUUGGAGUCAUUUGGUGGUCCAUUGCCACUAUUCUCACUCCUGUUGCUGCUAAAGUCGGAUUGCCUUUCCUACUUGUUGUUCGUGCUUUCAUGGGGAUUGGUGAGGGUGUUGCUAUGCCUGCAAUGAAUAAUAUUCUGUCAAAAUGGAUUCCUGUAGCAGAGAGAAGUAGAUCUUUGGCUCUGGUUUACAGUGGGAUGUACCUUGGAUCAGUGACUGGCUUGGCCUUUUCACCAUUUCUAAUACAUCAAUUUGGAUGGCCAUCAGUUUUUUACUCCUUUGGUUCUCUUGGGACUGUCUGGUUUGCUGUAUGGAUAAGCAAGGCACACAGUUCACCUCUUGAGGAUCCUGAGCUUCGACCUGCAGAGAAGAAGCUAAUUCUUGCCAGCAGUGUUUCCAAGGAGCCUGUUAAAGAGAUCCCUUGGAAAUUAAUUUUGUCAAAAGCACCUGUUUGGGCCCUGAUAGUGUCUCACUUCUGUCAUAAUUGGGGAACGUUUAUUCUUCUUACAUGGAUGCCUACAUACUAUAACCAAAAUCAGGGCUUUUCUGCGUCCUGCCCUGGCUUACAAUGGCAUUUUCUGCAAACCUUGGGGGGGUGGAUUGCAGACACACUUGUGAGCAAGGGUUUCUCGGUGACGAGGGUUCGUAAGAUUAUGCAAACAAUUGGGUUUCUUGGACCUGCUUUCUUCCUCACUCAGUUGAGCCAUAUUAAUUCUCCUGCAAUGGCUGUUCUAUGUAUGGCAUGCAGUCAGGGUGUCUUGCUUGGUCUGUCCAAUACUGCAGGAGUGCUCGCCGGCGUCUUUGGAACGGCAUCGACUGGCUACAUCUUACAACAUGGUUCUUGGGAUGACGUAUUCAAGGUCUCAGUAGGCCUUUAUCUGUUUGGAACUGUUGUCUGGAAUCUUUUCUCCACCGGUGAGAAGAUCAUAGAAUAA